GCUAGGAAGAGUAGAGAAAAGCGUGGAAGCCCACUGUGGAGCUGUACUUGCAGGAAGGUGGAAUUACGAAGGGACAGCUCUGGUUACAGACACUUGUGGGGAGUGUGGGAAUUCGUCACCACAUCCAAACAGUGUACUCUGAGAAGAUCAACCACCCUUAUGCCACAGCUAUCCUUUAAGGAAGGAUGAAUCCUUGAUGAUGCUGUAUCAGUUACAGUAUUCUUUAUGUCUCUAUUUUAACAGGAUCAACUGUGCACAAAUAAGAUUUUUUUAAACCUUUUUUUUCUUACAUUAUUUAAACACUUAAAGUCUACAUUGGCCACAUAUAAAAACCUAAAAUCUGUUGGUGAAGAUGGCCAAGUGAAAAUCUGGUCUAAAACUGGAAUGCUGAGAUCCACUUUAGCUCAGCAAGGAACACCAGUGUACUCUGUAGCCUGGGGACCCAAUUCUGAAAAAGUUCUCUAUACUUCAGGGAAGCAACUGAUCAUUAAACCUCUUCAGCCAAAUGCUGAGGUUUUGCAGUGGAAAGCCCAUGAUGGACUUAUCUUAAAAACUGACUGGAACUCAGUUAAUGAACUUAUUCUUUCUGCAGGUGAAGAUUGUAAAUACAAGGUUUGGGACAGUUAUGGACAGCUACUGUACAGCUCACAGCCCCAUGAAUAUCCUAUUACAUCUGUGGCCUGGGCUGUGGAUGGAGAAUUAUUUGCUGUGGGGUCUUUUCAUACUUUGCGUCUGUGUGAUAAAACUGGGUGGUCUUAUGCUCUAGAGAAGCCCAACACUGGCAGCAUCUUUAAUAUUGCUUGGUCUAUUGAUGGCACUCAACUAGCGGGAGCAUGUGGAAAUGGACACGUCAUUUUUGCCCAUGUGGUGGAGCAACGCUGGGAGUGGAAGAACUUUGAAAUAACAUUAAUUAAGAGAAGAACCAUGGAGGUGCACAAUGUCAUGAACGACGCGGUAGACGUGUUGGAAUUCCGUGACAGGGUGAUCAAGGCCUCUCUGAACUAUGGGCAUUUGGUUGUUUCAACUUCUCUUCAGUGUUAUGUGUUUUCCACAAAAAACUGGAAUACACCACUGAUCUUUGACCUGAAAGAAGGAACAGUUAGUUUGAUUCUACAAGCAGAAAGGCAUUUUCUUCUUGUAGAUGGUGGAGGACUUUAUUUAUAUUCAUAUGAAGGAAGAUUAAUUUCCUCUCCCAAAUUUCCAGGAAUGAGAACAGACAUUUUAAAUGCCCAGACAGUAUCUCUGAGUAAUGAUACUGUAGCAGUGAAAGACAAAGCUGAUGAAAAGGUUAUCUACAUAUUUGAAGCUUUAUCUGGAAAGCCAUUGGGUGAUGGAAAGCCUAUAACCCAUAAGAUAGAAAUUGUGGAGAUUGCUUUGGACCAGAGAGGACUUACGAGUGAAAGAAAAAUAGCCUUUAUUGAUAAGAACAGAGAUCUUUACAUUACUUCAGUGAAACGGUUUGGAAAAGAACAGAAGAUUGUCAAAAUGGGGACAAUGGUUCAAACUUUGGCCUGGAAUGACACAUCAAACAUCCUUUGUGGGAUUCAGGAUACCCGUCUGACAGUCUGGUACUACCCCAACACAGUCUAUGUGGAUAAAGAUCUUCUGCCAAAAACUCUGUAUGAAAAAGAUGCAAGUGAAUUUAGCAAAAACUCCCAAAUUGUACAUUUUGUAGGAAAUCAGAUAACAAUUAGAAGAGCAGAUGGUUCCCUUAUUCACCUCAGCAUCUCCCCUUAUCCCGCGAUUCUUCAUGAAUACGUUAGUAGUUCUAAGUGGGAAGAAGCUGUCAGAUUGUGUCGUUUUGUCAAGGAUCAAACUAUGUGGGCAUGUUUAGCUGCUAUGGCAGUUGCCAACAAAGACAUGGCUACAGCAGAAAUCGCCUAUGCAUCGAUUGGUGAGAUUGACAGUGUUCAGUAUAUCAAUUCCAUCAAAGAUCUUCCAUCAGAAGAGUCAAGAAUGGCGCAUAUGCUGCUGUUCAGUGGAAACACCCAAGAAGCUGAAACUCUCCUCCUUCAAGCAGGCCUUAUUUAUCAAGCUAUUCAAGUCAACAUUAACCUUUACAACUGGGAUAGGGCUCUAGAACUAGCAGUGAAGCACAAGACACACGUUGACACAGUCCUGGCUUAUCGACAAAAGUUCCUAGAGGACUUUGGUAAAAAAGAAACCAACAAAAGGUUUUUGCAAUAUGCAGAGGGUCUGGAAGUUGACUGGAAUAAAAUCAAAGCCAAAAUAGAGAUGGAAAUAGCUAAGGAACGAGAGCGUGCAGCAUCCAGUCCCGCAGUGAGAGCUCGUGUAACUGUCCAGCAAUAACUGUCCUUUUGCUCACCUCCAUAGUGCUGCUUGAACAUUUUGUACUGGCAUAUUUUGACAAAGAUAAGUAAAAAAGGCACAGCAAACAUGUUGUGGGAAAGAAGAGUGAGAAUUGGUGUAGUUCUUUUUAAUUAUUGGAUGAUAGAAUUAUUUCCUUACUACAGUCUCAUUUUGAGCUGAGUUUAUAUUCUGAUGCCCUGGCUUCGGUGAGUAGCUACAUUGCAGUCCAUAACACAUGGAUGAGGGGGGGAAAAAAGGGAAAUUAACAGUCUUGCCAUUAGUAGAUUUUGAAUUGUUUAAUCACCAGGUUAAGUUAGUUUGGUUAUUUCAUCAACCUCAGGGACCUCUGAAAAGACUUGUUUAAACUGCCCUCAAACAGAUCUAGCAAACUGUGAGUGCUGAAACUCAGCAGAGGAGCUUGCACCUGAAAAAGUACAAAAGAAUAUUUCCCUCACAGUUAUUCUGCUAGUGCAUGUGUACUAGUGAGUGCUUUAGUAGCUGAUGUCAAGUUACUCCAGCAACUCCAGCUUGUCACUGAAGCAAAUUAUUUAGCAAUAAAGAAUGUUUUCUGACAUGAUGUAAAUUGUUUAAAGUACUAUGAGAUGUGCUUUGAAUGUUGUUUGAAGUAACAGCAUGGUUGGUUGGUUGGUUUGGUAGCAACUUAACACUUACAAUUAACAAAGGCAUUGAGGGCUUCCUUAAGGUUAAAAUGUUGUAUUCAUUGAAAACAAGGAAGAACUGUCCACCUAGUUUUUCUGCCCAAAGCACUUGACUUCAAAAUAUUUAGUCUUAUAUUUGUAUAAUCUCAUCAAGAUGUAUUUUUCUUUGCUUUACCUAUGAAGGUGCCUGCAUAUGUUAGGUGUUCUCUGCAGAAGCCCUUUGCAUUAGAAAUACAUGAGCAGGUUAUUCAUAAUUGACAUGAUAUCAUAUGUACC